AUGCUAUUCCGGAACAUCAGCUGUACCUCGCGCUCUGUGGUGUCCACCACCCGUCGCCGCUUUGCGGCUCUCACGUCUCUGGCUCACGUGCAGCAUGCGAACGGAGCUCAUGGCCAUGACGCAGAGCAAAGCGGCGACCUGAUCGACGCCUCAUCAGGCUCCGACGGACGUUUUUACGUGGAGCAACUGAACGAGCACUGGCGAUCAGCCGUGGCAGGCCAGAAUUUCACGAAGGGGGAUGUCAUUGGCUCGGCAUCUGGCACUCUGUUCUCCAAGCCCACUCGAUUCACGGUGCAGAUUACCCCGAGCGAGCACAUAGAUUUUACGGGCGGACUGGAGUUUGUGAACCACGGUUGUGAUCCCAAUACGCGUAUCCACGUGGUCGAAGGCGAGGCAAAAGUGUCGUUUGUGGCCAUUAAGCCGAUCAAAGAGGGCGAACACCUGACUUUUGACUACUCUACGACCGAGUGGGACAUGGAUGAAAAGUUUGACUGCCGCUGUGGAUCACCGACAUGCAGUGGCUACAUUUGCGGCGCAAAAUACCUGUCGGACGAAGAGGUGAUGGAGCGUUUGCCGUACUUCACGCCGAGCGUGUUGCGCCAGUUGCUUGGCCGCAGGCUGGCCAACUAA